CAUGCAUAGAAGGAACAUUAGGUUACGAAGAGAAUAUCUAUACAGAAAAAGCUUAGAAGGAAAAGAACGUUUGCUUUAUGAAAAGAAACGAAAAAUCAAAGAAGCUUUAGAAGAGGGAAAACCGAUUCCAACUGAGCUGAGGAAUGAAGAGGCGGCUCUUCGCAAAGAAAUCGACCUUGAAGAUGAAAAUACUGCUGUACCUCGAUCAACUAUUGAUGAUGAAUAUGCUAAUGCAACUGAAAAAGAUCCCAAAAUUUUGCUUACCACUUCAAGAAAUCCUAGUGCUCCUCUUACUCAGUUUGUCAAGGAGUUGAAAAUUGUGUUCCCUAAUGCUCAGCGGAUGAAUCGUGGUGGUCAGGUUAUAUCAGAAAUAAUUGAAACCUGCCGUGCUCAUGAUUUUACAGAUGUAAUUUUGGUCCAUGAGCAUCGUGGUGUGCCUGAUGGUAUUAUCAUUAGCCAUCUGCCUUUUGGUCCAACUGCUUACUUUGGUUUGCUCAAUGUGGUCACUAGACAUGAUAUCAAGGACAAAAAAUCUAUGGGAACAAUGCCCGAGGCCUACCCACAUUUGAUUUUUGAUAAAUUUUCAACUAAGCUUGGUGAGAGGACGGUUAACAUCCUAAAGCAUUUGUUUCCUGUGCCCAAGCCUGAUACAAAACGCAUCAUCACAUUUGCUAACCAGUCGGAUUACAUUUCAUUCAGACAUCACAUCUAUGAAAAGCAUGGAGGUCCAAAAUCAAUUGAGCUGAAAGAGGUUGGCCCUCGAUUUGAACUACGGCUUUACCAGAUUAAAUUAGGGACGAUGGACCAAGACGAAGCUCAAACUGAAUGGGUCAUAAGGCCUUACAUGAACACAUCCAAAAAGCGGACGCUUCUAGGGGACUGAACAUGCAGAAUAUGAAGUUUGAAGUGAAGCCUCCACGUCUUUCCGUUUGCACCAACAGAAGUUGAUUUCAUACUUUGGUGAUGAUUGCUGCUAAAAUCAGUUUUGUUACCCAAAAAAACGUCUCUUAGCUAGACAUAUGUUUGGUCGUUGAAAUGCAAGAGAGGUGAUUGAUCUUAGAGCAACAUAUUUGACUUAAAUUUGCUGCUUCCAAUUCCACAGAGAGGAGAUGUAAGGUCUUGAACUUGGAAUAUAAUGUUAUGUAUACUGUGCUAGGUUUUUUUUCAAAUCUCAAAAUUGAUUCAUAUGACUCUUCUUUCUUGAGGUUAUUGCAGCUUAAAUGAUUGAGGAAAGAGCAAAAUAGAGUGAUUAUUUUCUUUGCAA